AUGGAGGCUUUCUUGGCAGAGCAACGAAAGAAGAAAUCCCGAUUCAAUAAAAAUGGAAUUCCGGAAGACCCAGCACUUGCGCGAUUGAAAUUACUGCGCCGAACCAUCCGCGAAAAUCCCACGAAAAUCGGCAGUCUGGUUCAAUUUCUCAAAACUCCAUACAUGAUUCGAGAGUCGUGCCAUAUAGAAUUAGCACAGGUGAUUGCUAAGCUACCCAUGCUCCAAUAUGUUGAUCUCCCCGAGGGUAUGUUUCGCGACGAUCCUGCAUAUACGACGUUGCGAUUAGAAGUCCAAGCAAGGUGCCCCUUCAUCAAGAAGGCGACAUAUGCGAGCGGCGCGGAGCGCAGUUUUGCUACGCUGGUCUCGGGUCAAAUCUGGCCAGGUCUUGAAGUGUUGGAGCUGACUAGCUUAAAGAUUGACCCGCUGAUACUAAGGGCUGUCUUGUCCUGCUUGCGUCAGCUUCGCGCUCUCAAGGUUUCGGAAACAUAUAGCCUUUCAGAUGACGUUCUGGUCGCUGACGAAAGCCUGCAUCCUCUGCCUGCUCUAGAGGAAUUGAUUCUCAAGGAUACGCCCAGCCUAACAUCAGCCGGGCUCGUGGACUACCUAUCCCGUAAUGAGACAUCACAAGCCCUCAAGGUCCUGACCCUUAAAGACACAGGCAUUCAACCUUGGAAGCUUCAAGAAGUGUUGGCAGUGGCCCCGUCGCUCAAGACUUUGGCCAUACAAUCUAGGGUUUCUGAACAAUUUCCUUCCAAUGAGCCUAUUCAGUCACUGACGCACAAAGGCCUGAGGACACUUCGAUACGAAAUAACAGGUACACCAUCUGCGGGACCGUUUGCAACGCAGGGGUACUAUUCCUACCUUUCAAACUCCGUUUUGGCAGGGAGUCUGCCUAGACUGCGCAGACUCUAUGUACUUGACGAACAGUUCCCAGAGCAGUUGCAGAACCUGCCUCCUCCGAUGGCGAGUUUUGCUGGGGGGCGAGCCCGAACUUUAUCCAACUCAUCCGCACAUAUAAUACCGUCGGUUCAUGUUUCGCCUCCGGAUAUCUCUUUGUCAUCCCCUACUCAUCAAGGACUUGGCAAUCUGUCGUCUCCUACUCAUCAAGAUUUUGGCGGCGUCUUGUCCCCCACCCGCAAGAACUUUGGCAAUGUAUUGCCUUCCCGUCAAAAUUUUGGCAACAUGGCGUCUCCCGUCCGCCAGAACUUUUCAAAUGCUGUCAGUCCGAACCGUUUCAGUUCCAACAGUCUGUUCGCACAGGCAGCCGGCGGUUUUCCUCCAACGCAGACGCUAGAAAUCUUCAGUAAGAGUGAUGAAUUUGGUCAAUGGAACUUUGCUCGGGUGGAUUCGUUCACGGGAGCAGCAGCAGGGCCGCCUCGCCGUCCGACUAGCAGCUACGGGCUGGAUGCAGACGUUACGGGCCAGGGCUGGGACCGUGGUGAAGCACGGCGUAGUAUCAUGAUUGGAAAUGGAAUGAGUGGUUUCUCACCGGCCCCGAGAGAUGAUGGUGGUGAAGGCUUUACAUUCGGCCCCGUCCCCGUCCCGGGUGGUGCGAACCCAUCGACACCAAGGAGCAGCACAGGCGAUGUAAAGAGGGCCAGAGGCAUGGGAAGUAUAUGA